UACGGCGGACUCGUGAUCCGCAGCUGCAACUUUUAGAAAUAGCUCUUAGUUGUUUCCGCUUUUUAAAUUUUGUUUUAAUGAAGCUCACUAAAUCAACAAGGACUUUUAUAUAGCAACUAGCUGCCAUUUAUACUUUUACUAGAAGUAAAGAAGUCAAGACUAGCCAACAAGUCAAUUAAAUCGGAUGUACGUGAAUUCUUUUUAAGAAGUAAAAUCUACAUUUCAAAUUUUCAGAAAGCCAAAAAUAUUGAACAUCUAAGAGUAUACAUAACAUUUUAUAUGAGAAAUGGAAUUGUAAGAAUGACAUCAGGGUUCUUCUAGGAAUGUCAUGAGGUCAUAAUGAAUGCUGUUACAUUCAACAAAGAAAAUGUGAACUCAUUCCACCAUGCAGUUAGUUCUGAAAUAGUGACUGCUCAGUGCUUUGGCCUCUUACCUGUACUUGGAAUUACUGCCCCAAAUGCAGCGAGCCUCAGGUUCCGGUGGUGUAGUUUCCGCACCAUGUUCAGCAUCUUCAUGUUGCUUGGAGCAGGUCUGAACACAUGUUUUGCUGUUGUGAUUAUGCAGUCAGGCAUAAGUUUCAAGCAGUCUGAUGGUGUUGUUUUCUUUGGGACAGUGACAGUAACGUACAUGCUCUUUCUCCAGCUUGCCAGACAGUGGCCUAACCUGGCAGUAGAAUGGGAGAAUUUGGAAAUCUCUCAGAAACAUUAUGGUUACCCCAGAAGAUUGCGACUCAAGAUAAUGAUUGUAACAACAGUUGUGUUGACUGGAGCCCUGGUGGAACAUGCACUUAGUAAGUCAAGUCAAAUUGCAGUAGCUGCAGCAUGUACAGACAAUGUGACUGACAUGUUCCACCACUACUUUACAAAGACUGGCACCUACAACCAAAUAUUCGCUGUCAUGGACUACAGUUUCGCAACAGCCACUUUGGCCCUAAUCAACAACUUCAUUGCCACUUUCACAUGGAACUUCACAGAUUUAUUCAUCAUACUAGUGAGCCUUGCCCUCACUGAGAGAUUUCGCCUCUUCAAUGAGUACCUUGUUUCUUUUCGUGGGAAGGUGCUACCAGGAAGCUUCUGGGCCCAGAUAAGAGAAGAAUACAACAGUCUUUCACAUCUCACCAGGACUCUUGAUUCUUGCAUCUCCAAAAUUGUGCUAGUGUCCUUUGGAAGUAACCUGUACUUCAUUUGUCGCCAACUCCUGAAUAGUCUCAGCCCAUUAGGUGGUAUAAUAAACACAGUAUACUUCUGCUGGUCAUUUGGCUUUGUGCUAUUCCGAACGGUGACAUUGUCAUUGUAUGCAGCAAGUAUUUAUGAUGAAAGUUUGAAGCCAAAGAGGGUGCUAUAUGAUGUUCCUCCAGAAAGCUAUCAUUUAGAGGUUUCAAGGUUUCUGAAUCAGAUAGUGACAGAUACUGUGGCACUGUCAGGGAUGAACUUCUUCUACAUCACAAGAACGCUUUUGUUGACAUUGGCUGGUACAAUUGUAACAUAUGAGAUUGUACUAGUGCAGUUAAACAGCAUCAGUAUCAUAGGAAGCAGUGCUGCUACCAACACGACAGAGCAGUGUGAGUCGUCUACAGAACAGUGCGAUAAAGUUGUGUUGCUUAAUGCUGCAAAGAGAACAGUGAGGAUGAUAUCGCUUCUACCCAGGAAUGUGAUAUAUUCCAUUGUUCCACACCAUAGAAUUUCUCCCUCCUGCCAUGCCAGCCAGCAAUCAGCUACCCCAGCUUCAGUUGAUCAAAUGGCAGUCAGAACUAAUGAGUGUGGAUAUCUACCAACGUUCAUGGAUCCACUGUCCACCAUUACUCCAGUGAGGACGGUGGAUAAUGUAGGAAGGUCUGAAUUGGUGGAAUUUAAGAAGUCUGUGUCUGAAUUAGAUUCAUUCCAUGGAGCAUUCAGCAAAGUCAUUGUUGUAGCUCAAUGUUUUGGGCUCAUGCCUGUCUGUGGCAUCACAGGUCCAAGUGCCUCAUUUACCAGGUUUUCAUGGUUUAAUCUGCGAGUCAUGUAUGCAGCAUUAUCUCUCUUUGGGACUUUCUUCAUGACAUCUUUGUGUCUUAUAAGAUUCUUCAAAUAUGGUCGCACAUUUGAAGAGACUCAAUGCUCUGUUUUCUAUGGCUGUUCAUUCAGUAGAAUGCUACUUUUCCUGCUGCUAGCACGUCGAUGGCCUGCUUUAGCUUAUAGAUGGGAGAAGAUGGAAAGAGUUCUUGCUCAUCAUGGCUACCCUUAUCGUCAGCAUCACAAAUUCUGUCUAAUAACUGCAAUGUUUCUCUCUAUAGCUUUCAUCGAACAUGCCUUUUCGCAUAUUCGAGUAAUCCGCUUGGCAGUAUUGUGUGCAAUAGAAGACAAGAUGGAUGGUAUAUGCACCUUCUUCUUCAAUAGCUUUCCCCAUGUGUAUGAUUAUUUUCCUUGUUCUCUCUGGAAUGGGAUAACCAUGUUCAUCAUCAAUGUGUUAUGUGCCUUUGGUUGGACUUACAUGGACCUCUUCAUUGUCCUGAUGAGUGUUGCGCUGGCUGACAGGUUUCGUCAGCUUAACAGAUGCUUGAAAUCUGUUCAAGGAAAGCCUGUCCCACCAAGAUUCUGGAACCAGAUGCAUGAAGAUUACAAUACGUUGUCUUGCCUAGUUAAGACAGUAGAUUCCUAUAUUUCAAAACUUGUGUUUCUUUCCUUUGCUAACAACCUCUACACUGUUUGCAUCCAGCUGCUCAACAGCCUACAUCUACCACAAAAUGCAGUCCAAAUGGUCUACUUCUGCUUAUCUUUUGGAUAUGUACUUCUACGGAUAGUUGCAGUGACCCUCUCUGCAGCCAGCAUCAGUGAGCAGAGCUGUCAAAUUAGGAAUAUCCUUUACUCAGUUCCUGCAACCAGCUUCUCCACUGAGAACUGUCCCAUGAAUCACUUGCAGGUGCAGAGAUUCCUACAUCAAGUGACAACAAAGGAAAUUGCACUAACUGGACUCAAUCUGUUUUCCGUCAGACGCACACUUCUUCUCACGGUAGCUGGAACUAUUGUAUCAUAUGAACUUAUACUGGUACAAUUCAGCGCCAUACAUGCAGAUGAACGUGACCUGACUGCACACAGUGUUGCCAAGCGAUACUGUCUCUGAAGGUCCUCCAUAUUCACCAGUCUAGUCCCUGCCAGUUACUAUUUGUUUCCGUAAAUGAAAGCCAUGAAAGGUUCAAGUAAGCACAAAAGACAAAAGAACUUGUAAGUGAAGUUUAAGAAGGUUGCAGGGAAAGGCCCAUUGGAGUGCUCCCUGAUGUGAUACAACCACUGGCAGAAAUAUAACAGUAGAAGAGAAUGCCUUCAAAAUCAGUGUGCUGUAAAACCUGUCAUGACUGGUAAGCUCAUAUGAGCAAAUAUUCACAAACUUCUUAACUACCAGGCAUAACAGAGGAUGUGAGGCAUACAGGCUGACUCCAUACAACACACAGAGACAUACAGGUAGUGUGUUCUGCUGUGUUCAUGAACUUCAUUCUUCAAUGUUACUGCAAAAACAGUAUCAUCUACCCAGUUUCAGCACAUAAUGCUAACAUUAAACAAUAAUAUAACAUCUUUUUUAUUGAUAACAAUAAGAUUACAUUUUAAAAGCAUCAAAUGUGAUACAGUAUUGUUAGUUACAGAAUUAAUGCCUUGGGCAUUUAACGAGGGAGAGCUGAUAAACAGGACACACAUGGAAGUAAAACAGCUGUAAUGGA